AUGGCCCAUGGCAGUGCAAACCUCGGUGCUCGCAAUGGCGGUGCGCGCAGGACACGUCAGGUUUCACUACCCACCACACCAGCCGUCGUACAAGCAUCAAUGCCCAUUCUGUCGUCUUCCGCCCCCUCCCCAUUCUGUAAUUCUGUAAUCUAUCUACACAGCCGUCAUAUCAAUCAUCCGCCUUUUGCGGGGGGGAAGGACGAGCCGGCCCUCUCCCCCUCUGCCCGCCACUGGCCACUGGCUCCACCUUCCGAAGGAAUUGUGACACACUCUACGGAACGUGGACAAGUCUCAGACCACGGUCGCGGCCUAGGUCCCGUGGCCCCCGUGGCCGUUGCACCGCUCACUGCACUCGAACACAGCCGAGACUCUAGAUCCCAGCAUUGUUGGCUUGGCUGUUCCGAUUCUGAGCCGAGCUCCACCCGCGCCAAUGGUCCAAUGACUUUGGACGAGCUUGGCAUGUCAGACACGUACCGCGCCCACGGUACCGCGGUACGUGUCUGA